CCCCAAAAUGGCCUCACCUCACCUUGUUACCUUGCGCCCGUCGUCCGUGGCGGCCUCCUCCCCAUAUGCAAUGACCGCCUCGUCGCUUGACGCGGCGACCGACCCACCCUGCACAUGGCGGUCGGAGCGCCUCAUGUGGAGCGCUUGAAGUGCUGAGUUCAUGUUUGGCGUGAGUGGACCCCACAAACGCGGCGCACUGGGCCCGAGCACGGAGUCGCGGAAUGAAGAGGAGGAGUUCGAGCCGGACUCCCAGGCGAGCAGGGACUUUGAGGCUCGCAGGAAGAUGAUCAAGGAGGGCAAACGCUUUGAGAAGUCCUUGCUGCAGAACCGCUCGGCAGUGGCCCAAGCGAUGCUGGCGCAGGGCGGGCGCGUGAGCGUCGAGGUGGCCGGGAAGGCGGUCAUGGAUAUGACCAAUGGAGUGCUCCCUGGCGUGGUCUCCUUCCCUCAAGGCUGCGAGCAGCCGGACAAGAAGAAGAAGGAAAAGAAGGACAAGAAGAAGAAAGACAAGAAGAAGAAAGAGAAGAAGGAGAAGAAGAAAAAGGACAAGAAGAAAAGCAAAAAGAAAAAGGACAAGAAGAAGAGUUCCUCGUCUUCAUCGUCGUCAAGCUCCUCUUGAAGCACUGCACUGUGCGUGAGUGAGGGUGUGUGUGUGUGUGUGUGUGUCCUGCCCCUUGAAAAACGGCGGAGGAACCUGCAUGCCAGCUGACGGAAAAAGGCGAUCAGAAGUUCCACGGACGCUUUCUGAUCAGACUCUCCACCCACGUGGCCGAACUGAGCGUCGCUGGGGCACGAGGCGGCAUUCUUGAUGGACUGCAGGGCAUUCAUCGCGUCAAAGGCUUUUUUUCCAGUACGGAUACCCAUGGAUACCCACACCCAGUCUCCGGUGCAAACCCCCGCCGAUGCGGAUGGCGGGCAUGACUCCCGCCCCGGCUCGAAGACUUUGCUCCGUUCGU